UUCUGAUCUGGAACUGUAUCUGGAGAAUUAUUUAUAGAUUAAAACGUUCAGCUUUUGAAUUUAAUUAUAUUUUUCUACAAUGAUCUUUGCCUGUGAUGACAAUAUGUUAAGGUCCAGUGUAUACAGUACUGAAAAGCCUAUAUCACAGCAGUUAUAUCAGUUACAUAACAUUUUGAGAUUCUGUACAUUGGAUUGAAAGAUACAACAAAGUGUUAAAAAAAAUGGCUACCUUCGUUGUCAGACAUGGAUUACGAAUGCGAGAGCAUUUUAAUAUAAAAAACCACGAUCUUGCUCAUUGGUUCCCAGGACACAUGGCAAAAGGAAUGAACCAGAUGCAGCGGAAGCUAAAAAGUGUAGAUUGUUUAAUAGAGGUACAUGAUGCAAGAAUUCCAAUAUCGGGAAGAAACCCCUUAUUCGAAACUAAGUUAGGUCUAUCAUCUCUCAAACCUCACAUUCUUAUUUUAAAUAAAAUGGAUCUUGCUGACCUGAGAGAGAAAGAUAGUAUUGUAAGCUAUUACAAAAAUCAAGGAGUGAAGGACAUAUUAUUCACUAACUGCAAGAGGCCUGAAAGUUAUGGUAUAAGAAGAAUAAUUCCUAGGGUCUCCUCACUGGUACAGAAAUCUGAACGUUACCACCGCUCUGAAGAGAGAGAAUAUCAGAUGAUGGUUAUUGGUAUACCAAAUGUUGGAAAGUCAUCACUCAUCAAUGCUCUGAGAGCCAGGAACAUAAGAAAAAAGAAAGCUGCUCACGUUGGAGGACUUCCUGGUAUAACGAAGAGUGUACAAGAGAGAAUAAAGGUUUGUGAGUACCCUAAAGUUUACUUACUCGAUACACCUGGUGUGAUGUUUCCAAAGAUUAAAGAUAUGGUGACUGGCCUGAAGCUAGCACUGGCUGCCACCAUUAAGGACCAUCUGGUUGGCGAAGACAUCAUUGCAGACUACCUUCUGUACUGGUUGAAUUCUUGUGGAAAUCAUUCCUAUGUGGAACACUUGGGAUUAUCUGAACCAACAGAUAACAUUCAACAUCUUCUUCUAACAGCAGCAGCCAGAAACAACUGGCUGAGGAAGGCUCGUGACCAUACAGGUGUUCAGACCAUUCCAGAUGUUAUUCAAUGUGCAGCAAAAUUCAUCAGAGCUUUCCGAGAAGGGAAGUAUGGACCAGUCAUGCUUGAUGAUCUCUCUGAUAUAGAAGAGCAACAAGUAAUUAAAUAAUUAUUUGCUGCAAAGCUUUUACACAUUUUUUUUCAAAUAGUACGUACUAGGUUCAAUAUUAAUAAAUAAACAGCUUUAUUCUUUCUAAAAGUAACAAUAGAUAUUAGAUACAUUUCAGUGCUGUGCUGUAAUGAAUAUAUAGUUUGUUUCAUGCCAUCUGGGAUCCCAUGUCUCAGUCAGAAUAUGCAUUGCCUCUUGUCAUAUAUUUAGCCCUUUUUCUGUCUUAACUAGUUGUUUACCUGCCAUUAACUGUAUUUGCCAUUGGCUAACCACCACAAGACAUAAUACCGUUAGGAAAUUCUGGGAUCUGUCUAUCCAGGUAAUAUGGUUUCCUGUGGAUUCCUAGACCUAAUAAGUUUUCGUGCCUCAUGCAGUGCUGUUCACAUGUGUACCAGUGUCACUGGAUAGCAGUAAUCCAGUAAGUUUUUUACCUUGGUUUUACUACAUUCAUAGUGUAAUGCCUCAUAGCCCUAUAGGUUUGACAUCUUUGGCAACAUUGUCUGUGCUUGAUAAUAGCCAUUGAGUGGAACCUUUGAUAGUUACUGUAUUCCAUUAUUAGUUGUUUCACAGAUUGAGGUUAUGGCCAGGCUUCUUGCACUGUAAACUUCAAUAUUAUUUUCCCACAUGUUGUAUUUGUGUGAAUGUUCUGGGUCUACAGUGAGAAUAUUUACUGUGCAAAAGUUAUCCAUAAGAAUUCUUGCAGCCCAUGAUAAGUAUAGAGGCAGUGUAUAGUCCAUCAUGACACUUGGACCUUGUACUUGAUAACCCUUUACUUGUCUACGUAGAUGGUUAGCAUCUAUACACUGGAUGAUUUUGAACUGUAGCGUUUAGUGUUUUGCUGGAUCUUGAUGGUACACGGACAUCUUAGGAUGAUCUACAUUACUUCAUUUUGCAAUUUUUCAAGUCCUGCAAGCUCUCUGACACGAGCUAAUAAGAAUACAGCAUAGUCAGUGAUAUAAACAGAAUUCUGUACAUCAUUUUUGCAAUGUUCACAGCAGUAUACCCAGGGUAAAACUGCCACACCUCAGUGCUCUCAGCCUCUCUUUAUACUGGCAACUUAGUCUGCUUACAAUAAGUCAGAUCUACAGUAAGACCUCAAAUCUCAAAUAUCUAACCGGUCACAAAUUGCAGCCAUGACCUGUCAUACAACUGAAACCUGUAGACUGUGCCUCUCUACAGGGAAAGGUACCUUUUAAAUCGUAUCUUGUUUUUUCAAAUAGUAUCUUGAUUUUUUAAAUAGUAUCUUGUUUUUUAAAUAUUAUCUUGUUUUUUCAGUCCUGAUGCAAAUCUAGUACAUGGUUAGGGAUGUUUUUGGUGCUACUCAUAUACUGAUUAGACUGUCUAGGCAUAACUUUUAGUAAGACAUUGAUUAGAAUAUUAAAUAACGUGGGACAAAGGACACCUCCCUGUGGGUUUCCUAAGUCUAUGACUAGUUGCACUUCUGCACCCAUGAAAUGGCAUAGAAGACUUUCUGUUGAGAGGUAGCCUUCAAUCCAGUGGAGAAGCCAUCCACUUACAUCCAUUCUGGCUAGUUCACUAAUAAUAAUACAUAUGUUGGUUGGACCUUAAGAGAUCAAGGAAGGUGGUAUUGAGGGUUUUUGCAUGAUUAAAACUCAGCUAAUUUGUACUCGUCAGCCAUAUUGGAAAUCCAAUCACUGUUCACACUAGUAUGACCUGAUAUAUAUAUUGCUUAUUAUUACAUGUUAGAUAAGAUUGUGCAACUUACAAGUAGGCCAAAUUUGCUGUAUUACAUCCUGUGCAAUAGAUUUUGCUAGAGAAGUUUAUCUUUUCAAGAUGAAUGCUUAGAUCUCCAUUGCCUAGUAAUAAAACAAAUAAGAUUUAUUUCUGGGUGGAUAAGUAUUUAAAACUUUCCAAAUGUGCUUGCUAAGCUGGUCGAGGGGUUGUGCAUUUACAUUAAGCUCGUUUUUACAGCAGGUCAUUCAUUGCAUUUAUUAAUUUUUCCUAUUUGAUUUGGUGGCUGUUAUAAGAAGGUUGAUUAUGUUUUAUCUUGUAGCGUACUCUAUGUAGUUAGCUGCUCUGUGAACCCUAGCAUGUGGUGGAGUCUCCUCUGAUGUUUACUAGAAGAAUACUAUUGUAUAAUAUUUUGCUUUCGACUGUUCAAUUUCACAUCUACAUUUAGGUUUAUUUCCUUUUGCUUCCCUAAAUACUAAACCAUAGUGCCUUAGAUGCUGACACAGGUACUCCAUUAGUUGUGAUGCUAAUAUUUAAGGAGGGUCCUUCUGAAGAUUGAAGGUGAUCGACAUGCACAGUAUGGACUUUCCAGACCAGUUCUAUCAUGAAUUCCUGACUGCUCGUAGAGUAUAAUUAACCAUCAACAUUUAAUAGAGCUUGGGAAAGUGGGGAGAUUGAACCAGGGUUUUCCUGUCAAGUAUGAAGUUCUUGCACUCUAUACUCUAUCUCAUGAUGCAUGAUUUGGUGGUAUAAUGAUGGCUUUUAGCAGUUGGGUUCUUGGCCUUCUCUCUAAAUUUGGUAACUACACAGGUUGCCCUUAUAUUGUACAUUCAAACUUUUGGGUUAGUGCUUCCAUAUACACUUGUGUGCUUCCUUCUGCCUUUGGGAAUGGUUUAUUUUGCUUCUAGUCAUACUCACAUCAUCUCCAGGGCUUGGUUCUUUGAGGAUAAUUCUGAUGGGGAUAUGGGUUCCCAGGGGGUGUGGUGCACUUACCCCAGUGGGUCUCAGCUCCCUUUUCCUUCUUCCUCUUGUACAUUAGAUUUUGCGACAAGUUAAUGAGCAGUUCAAGCCCAUUGAGAACAGUUCUCUCUGGGUUAACAGGACCCAGGUUAGCCUAGUGAUAUUAUAUCCUAUUAUGGUUAACCAAUGGCAGCUAGUUAUCUGCAUAAUCACUUUGUAAGUGUCAGAAGCAGAUCUUGUAACUUUGUUAACUGUAUUGUGACUGAGAACCAAUUUGUAUUCUGAUGGAGUCAUAGGACCUACUGCUGCAGAAAGAAGCCUUUUUUGUGUUAAAGGUAAGUACAAUACAAUAGAUCAGCUGUUGUGUUUGAGCAAGACUUUCCAUGUGGUGGUUUCACAAAAGAAAAGAGGAUAAUUGUGGAAACUAUUUUAUUUUCAAUUAAUGAAAUAUUCUGGCAAGCAUCAGCUUGUGCACAUAUAAAAUAAUACUUGCUAUAAUCAAAGUGGAGUACAGUAGUCCCCCCGUAUCCACAGGGAAUAUGUUCCAAGACCUACCACAGAUACCCUUCACCACAGAUAGUACUGAAACCUAUAUAUGUCAUUUUUCAUUUACAUACCUAUCUAUGAUAAAGCUUAAUUGAUAAAUUACGCACAACAAGUGGAGAAUUACCACUUUUUCACUGAUGGGAAGCACUUCAUUGCUUCUCUUAAGCUUUGAAGAACUGCCAACAUCACUACCUUUGUGCCGUUAUCAAGCAAAAUUAAGGGUUAUUUUCGGGCCACAGAUAACUGAAACUGCAGAAACCAAAUUCUUGGAUACGAGGGUUCUGCUGUAAUCCUAAUACAGUAUUCUGUAUUAUAAAUGCUAACAUUAGUACUAGUCAUUAUCAAAUGUUCUUUCAUAUUAACAUUUUGUAUGGUUUCAAGAACUUGAAAAUGGUAGUGUAUUUCUCUAGGUCAUCUUGAUUUUUUUUUAUUGAUCUAUUCUGACUUAUAAGAAGUGCCAUACAUUGCAUUAGUGAAAUUAACCUUCAGAUUUUUUCAUGUAAUUUUUGGUCCAGUGCUGCCUCAUCUUGUACCCAAUACCUCAUUAUGAGAAAGCUGUUAAGAAGUCUCAGACCUUCUCAAGGCAAAUAUUCUGAACGAGCUUAAGCGUAGUCCCAUAUCAUUACUUGGAAUCCUUCACCUUGAAUCUUAGACUAGCCAAGUUUCUUAUCCUAGCAGCUCUCAAGUUACUUUAUUCUUUGAGAAUCUAUAUGGUAUUGAUAUUUUAAUACUACAGUAGUCAGCAGGAACAAUGCCCUAUUUAUUAAUUUUUAUUGUGUGUGGUUUAAGGCACUGUAGUUCAUUAUCUGACUUAGGGAAAUAUUAUAAACAAUUUGUAGUUUAAUUUUAUGACAAUAUUUUUUAAUUCAGCCUAUCCCAAAAUUUUUGGUUUGCUUAUUUUAUUCCAGCCAAUCUCAGAUUAUUUUUCAAGACAAAUUUCUGCACCCUACAAUAUUUAAUUUAAUGCAGGCAACAAAAAGUUAUGAAUUUCAUGAUGGCUAAGUUAUAAUAUUUUCUAUGAAAGCAUAUAAAGUAGAUAGUUUAAAUGUUUUCUGUUAAUAUUAUUCAUCCUAAUACCUAAGAUUUUUUGAGAUUAACUUGGCUGGUAGAAUGUCAUCAUUUAAAAUUGCUUUUGAAAAUUAAACAUAGUGUCUUUUUCUCAUCUGAACUGCAUAGAAAUUACCUUGUACAUUGUAAGUCACUUUUCAUAAAUAGAACACAGUAUCACUGACACUGGAAUCAACAUUUUUAAACUGAAUUGCAGUUCAUACUGAUAUUUAACUAGGAUAAUAAAUUUGCUUUCUUUUAAACAGACACAAACAUUCGGUUUAUGUAGCAAGUAAACUUGAAAGUGUAGACUAGUAAUAAACUUAGGAAUGAUACAUAUAGAUGUCAUAUUUCAGCAUGACAACUUAAACUCGUGGCUUUCUUAGUUUAACGUCAACACAAAGCAGUCAGUAAUCUGUAUCUAGAAUUUAAAUAAUGCAGUAAAAUCCCCAAAGUCUAUAUAAGAAGUGGGAUAACAUCCUUAUUAUCAAGUUUCAAAGGCAUUACAAAGUUGAAAAAAAUACAUAAACCUCCUUUGUCAGUACAUGUGGAAAUUUUUUCAUUACAGCUGCCAUUUCCCACCCAGGGAGGGUAAUAUAAUGUGAAAAGUGGAUGCUUUUAAUAGUAUCUAAUCUGUAUAUCAGGUGGAAAUGUCAGUAGCCAUUAAAUACUGGUAUUAACCUCAAAAAUGCACAAAAGUACAAAUAUCAGUAACAUUGUGAAACUAACCUACUGUUAUGUCUAAUUUUUUCCUUUUAUUUUAUUCAUGAACACUGAACCCCUAUGGGUCAUAGAGAGCCUUUGGAAUGUGAGGCAAUCAGAUUCAAUCUUAGGAAUGGGAGGAUGGCUCCAAUUCCUCAAACCAAGAUUUUUUUUUUUUUAUGCCAUCAAGGCACCUUUCUUUUUUUAGUGCUCUUACAAUAUCUAGUUAAAAAAUCCUGUUUAAUUUACAGUGCCUCAAUAGUUGAAAUUUACUAUAGAUUAAUGCAGUUUUGGUACCCAGGUUGAGCACUCCUAUAAAUAUUGCAAAUUCAGUAGCAUAAAUGUAGGGGUAUGUGGAACCAAAGAUGGUGUGUUUGUACUUGUGCAGUAAAACCUCUCGUUAAUGGACCUCUCGUGAACCUUGGCAGUUGUGAACAAACAUUGGCCCAACAACUGUUGGAAUAAUCGAGCAAAAUGGAAAAUAAUCAAUAAUUCUGGAUUUUGUCUGAAGUGAUUGUGUCUAGCUGUCUUCUGAAGCAUCAGACCAAAUCCAGUAACUCCUCCUUUGUGCAGUAUGGGCCAGAGUGGCCAUAUCUGAGACCUGUCUUUUUUCACUGUCCCUCAAGUCGUAGGCUGCUGGUGCCAGGUUAUUGUUUGUGCUCACUUAUGCUGUGUGACUUGAUUAACAUAUUAAGUAAAGUGAAAUAACAAUGGCACCUAAAGUAAGUGGUGGUGUCAAAAGGAAACUUGAUUUUUCAGUGUUAAGCAGAAACUUGUACUAAUAAAGAAGGUUGAGUCUGGAAUCUCAGUGGCACAUCUCAGCCAUCUACAUUAUUUUCACUAGUAGAGUUUUACACCUCUGACUCAGAAUAAAGUCAUAGCAGUUUACAACACAUCUCUCCACCACAAAAGUUAAGUAAUAUUACAGUAAAUCCCACACUACUAUAAAAUUACAGUACAAUAUGUACUGUAGUACUACAGGUUGCAAUGCCCGUAUUCUUAGUGUCUGGUUGUUUUGUGCUUUGGUGGACCAAGUUCACUAGUUCAGAAGACAGCCGGAUGAUCCUGAUAAUUUAACUUCACAAUUUGGAAGUUUCAGACAAUGAGCAAUAUCAUACACCCCAUCCUCUGUUAGCCUGUAACGAGAAGGUUCACUGUAAUUUUAUAACAUAAUCAUUUAGGCUGAGCUGUAAGGAAAAGGAGGCAGAAAUUAAUAAGUAAUGUAUGAAGACUUGCCUCUGACCAUCAUGAAGAAAUGUUUUUUUUUAUCAAACAUUAUCUUAAUAUAAACGUACCCCAUUAGGGGACAGUUUUAUUAAAAAUUCUACUUAUGGCAAUUUUUCUAGCUCAAAUGGGAUGAAGGCUUCAUUGAUGCAGAGUAAGUUUGUCUUUAGCUUUUCUAAAUACUGUACUGUACUCUGUAAAGUACAUUUCAUAUUUGACCAGUUGUACGAACAAUUAUUUCAUAGUUAAUUUACUGAACUUAUUCCAUACCCAACUAAACAGAGUAGAACAAAUGCACUGAACAUUUUGAAGUUUCCUUUACUUCUUAAAAUUUGUGUAAAGUAAGGUGCAUAGUUAUCACUCUGCAAGUAUAUUCAUGCUUCCAUUGGAGAAAAAAAAAAGACAGUAACAGAGAGGAACUUUGAGAGGUUUAAUUUGUAGAACAGGUUUCUUCAGUCUGAAGCAGACUGUUCCAUGGGCAAAACAUAUCAGUAAAGUUCCUCUUUACAUUUGUGCCUCUUUCUCCACUUGUCAGCUUUGUGCAGUCUCUCCAUACUUAAAUUUUUCAAGGUCAUUAUGAAAAUUUAAUCAAAUACAUUGUGUAAUACAUUGCCACUUAAAAUAUGAGUUGUGUUUAUUUGAAGAUAUUUUGAAGUGUAAGAAUUAUGCACUUGUAAUUGACAGGAUUGUAAAAUUUGGGGGUUUUACUGUUUAAAUCUUGUAUUGUGUUUUUUGUCUUGCAAAUUUAACUAUUGUACCUCUCAGUGAUCAGGUAGAUGCCCCUGUGAUUAAGUGUGUUAGCUUUAUGUCACUCAUGGAAGCUUAGACAAUAAUGUUCUUUUUGUAAUAAAAUUUAUAACAAGUGUCAUAGAUGAAGCAUUUUGCACGUUUGUACUGAUAUCGCAUCUUUAUUGGUUGUUCAUAUCCUGGUCUUCAAGAUUCUGGAAUUUAGAUUCUCAACUGUAUUUUGGUGUGUACAACUUUGGUAGAGUUUCAGAAUUAGUUUUGUAGACAAUGCCAUAACAGUGGCAAUGGCAACUUUGGUGCUGUAGGAGAUAGAUUUAAAUAAAAAACCAGUUCAUGGUUUAGUGCUCAUUCUUUACUGUUUAUGUAGUAUAAAUAUGCAACAAGAUUACCAUCAAGUAUCAUACUUUUGCAAGUGUGGUAUUAUUAUAUGUAAAGUCCUAAAACCUGGGGAUCAUUCAGUGCAAAUGCAAUGUAGUAUAAAGUAAAAAAAAAAAAGUGUACCUGUGAUGUCAACCUUGCAAAAAGAAAAAACUAACCAUAUUACAUUUCCUACAGUGCUCAUCAUUAAAGUAGGCUGGGUGGAAGGCACCAAUUGUAAUUUGAUGUCCAGAGUAAUAUCUAUCCUGGCAAAUUUGUCAGCGAGACAAUUCAUACUGGCCUGGCAACUCGAAGUGGGAUGUUUCAGGAUUCCCUGUGGCUGCUGACUGCAUCCUGGGCUUGUGUGAUGGAUGGUUUUACAUCCAUUAUCCCCCUGCACCAUGUGGCCUUGAGGGUAGAGUUUGUCAGGCAUUUUUGGCUGUUGACAAAUUAGUAUGGGCAGGAAUAUGUUGCUGAUACAAGAGACAAUUGCAGAGAUCAUUGGAUUACAUAAAGCAGGCCAUCAGAAAAAGGAAAUAGUAAAAGCCAGUGAUUGUUUGUCUAGUGAGGACUUGGUUGCAUUGGUUCCUUGGGAAUGGUGUUUGUGACAUGCCCACACCAAAAAGCACAUCCAGGGAAGCCUGGAAAAAUGCCCCUACUAAUGUUAGCUGUAAUAAUGUACCUAGAAUCAGUCUAUUAUCAUUUGCCCAAAUCUUUCACUCAGUGGGGUGCAAGGUUUUUAUGCAAAACAGUGUUCCUUACCACACCACAAAAUCUGUUGUCCAGUGGCUUUGUGACAGAGGUACCUUCCUUCGAUGAUUAGCCAGGAACUCCCCAUACUUUAACCCAAUUGAGAGCCUGUGGGCCGAGUUAAACUGACUAAAAGGAAAUCAGCCCACUCCCACGGCUCUAGGGCACCAUCCAUGAGUCAUGGGGCAAUUUACCCCCCCCAAGUCAAAGGAUGUCCUCCUAUUUUGUUAUCAGGAGGGCCAUGUGCUUUGAUAAUGAGCACUGUAUAUUCAACCUGUGUAAAUUUUUUAGGUACUAUUUAAAUAAAUAUUUUUUGCCUUAAGUCUGUUUCAGUAUGGACCUUGGCAUUUGUAUGUUUGUACCCCCACAACUAUGAUCACUUAAAAAGAUGCAAAUACUUGUGUUAAUAAAUAAAUUUGGUAAAAUUGUUACAUUUGUGCAAGAGUAGGUGCGUGUAAAUUAUUAUGAUCAAGUUUACACCCAUUCCUGUAAGUAACAUACCUUUAUACAUGUAAGGAAGUGAAUUGGUGCUGGUGUCUUUGUCCACUCUCAAGCAAAGGUUCAUGCUUAUGUAUUUGGCAAAGGCAAUAAAGGGUUUUCUGUAAUUAUUUCUUGGCAUUCCUUACUAAUGACUAUUAUUCUGUUGCCCUGAAAUGGUUGCAGCCUUAAAUUUCUAAUAUUGUACUGUACCAUUUAAAAAAAAUUGUAAAAGAUUGUCAUGUAGCAUGCACUAAUGUGCAAGGAAAAAAAAAACAUUGCAUCAGUGCACGACAUGUAAAACUAGUUCUACUAGUUCCUUCAAUUUUAUGUAAUUUUUCUUCAGUAAAAAUAAAUGUUUAAAAGUUUUA